UUUUGAGGAAUUUUAGGGAUAAAAUAAUCAAAUUUUCUGUUAAGGUCUUUCAAUCCUUUGCAUCCUUUACUUUUUGUGAAUGCUUGAUUUUGAUUGAUUUCUUAUGGGUAUCUAAAUCUUUGUGUUUUAUGGCACAAGUGAUGCAUUUGAUCCUUUUAGUCAUUCAAUAACACAUUUUAUAGAAACUUCUCUGCUAUAGGUUCUUUGGGUAAAAAUGUAAAGCAGUUCCUUUGUUGUUUGACUUCUCUCUCUCUCUAUGGGGAAAGGGAAUGAGAGUUGGGGGAUUCUUGAUCUUCCUGUUAUCUGGAGUCUAGACUCUUAUCCAUCUUGAUGAUUAAUACGCGUAGAUUUCCAAAUAUAUGCUUGCUUUUAGCCCUCCUUUGUGUGUGAAAAUACUAUAAACUAAUGUUUCUCAAGCCUUUGCCCUGCAUGAUUAAAUUGUUGCAUGAUCAUGACUUGCAAGUUUGCUAAUUGCUAUUACUUAUUAUUAUAGUUUUAUUGUUGAUUUGCGAUUAAGAAAUCUUUAUGUCUCCUUUUAUGUUCUCUUUAAUGAUCUGCAGUUAUAGGAUCCCUGGUCCUGAGUUUAUGAACUGGUUUCCGGGUAUUUAAGCUCUUUUGUUUUUAUUGAUUAUAGAUUAUAUCGUUCAGGACCUUUAUGAGUAUAUGAGAGAGGUUCCACUGUCGAUACCUUGUUUUAAAUGUGGUUCUCAGAUGUCAUUCAAAGCUCAUAAAUGUUUCAAAAUCAUUUUGGAGUUUUACUGUGACCAAAGAUUUGUCAUCAUUGGGGGGCAAUUUUGUGAUAUCUUGUUCAUUGAUGGACGUCUCUUCUAAUAAAUUCUUGAUGGUUUUCGCACUAUUUCUAUUGAUUUUGAUGCGUUCUACUUUUCUUUGAUUUUAUUAACUUCAACUGUUACGGCAGGAAAUUGCCAGUCUUUACUUCAACCAUUGAGGGGCUCUUUAAUGAUGCUUACAAAUAGAAGCAGAAUAUGAUAGAAGGAGCAUGCACGUUCAAUCUAAUGGCUGAUUCUGCUUCAGAGUCCCAUUGCCAAUCUGAUGCAUCAGGCCUGAGACACAUAAGCAGCACAUUUUUCAAUUUUCCUGGUUUCUUUGUGGGGUUUGGUUCAAGAGGUUCAUCAGAUUCUGACUCAAUUAGGAGCCCUACAUCUCUUGAUUUCAAUUUUUUCUCCAAUCUUAGUAACCCGUUUAGCCAAAAGUCCCCACGAUCACCAACCCAAAAUGGCCAUCAGAAGAAAUGGGAUUGCAGUAAAGUAGGUCUCAGCAUCAUAAAUUUACUAGUUGAUGAAACCAAACCAGCUGGUGAAGUUCUUAAUUCACCAAAGAGGAAGAAUAUAAUAUUUGGAUCACAGAUGAAGACUGGUUAUUCUGUGAGAUCCAAAUCUUUGCCAAGAGACUACAUGCUUUUGCUACAAUCACAAACCAAAACUCCUAACCCCAAAUUAGGUAAAUCAGACUCUGAUGCUGUCUUUGGGAAUGAUGGAGUCCGGUUGGAACCUAAACCCUUUGAAAUCUCUUCUCCAAUUAGCUUAUCCCCCACAUCCCCUUUGAGUUCUAAAAAGUUUUGUUCCGAGAAUAGAACCACUACUAUAACAAGUUUACCACAGUUUAGUGGUGGAUGUACACAAACAGAUAAUUCUUCGGAAAUAAAAUCAAGUUCACUUCCUGUACCCAUUGGCUCUAGCCAUGGGUGUGUAGGUUCUCUCUCUGCACGUGAGAUUGAGCUUUCUGAGGAUUAUACCUGUAUAAUUUCUUAUGGUCCAAACCCUAAAACAACUCAUAUUUUUGGUGACUGUAUUUUGGAAUGUCACACAAAUGAGAUGUCCAAUUUUGACAAAACACAAAAUCUGGGCUUUGAAUUGCCUCAAGAGGCUAACUGCCUGGAAGUGGAGGGUCCAACUUCUCACCCAUCUGAUGAGUUCUUGAGCUUCUGUUACUCCUGCAAAAAAAAGUUGGAGAAGGGAGAUGACAUUUAUAUCUACAGAGGUGAGAAAGCGUUUUGCAGUUUUGAUUGCCACUCUGAAGAAAUUUUUGCUGAGGAUGAAAUAGAGAAAACUUGUGACGAUUCCCCCAAAAGCUCUCCUGCAUCUAGCUACCAUGAAGAUAUUUUCCUAACAAGUAUGCCCAGUGCUAUGUAAUGGGCUGAUGUUACUCUCCAAUCAUGCUUUCAUGUCUUGGUGAUAAACAAUCGGAUCAUCUGUUUUGAAAGAGCUGUUUAUGUGUAUCUGUUGCAGCCUUGGAUGAUUUCUAUGGUGAAUCUUGCUGUUUUCUGAUUGUGUUUCAGCUUUCAUGGUAUUGGUGAUUCCUAGGUAGCAAAAAGCAUAGAGUUUUUAUUUUGUAGUCGAGGCAUAAACAUUGUCGUAGAUUUUUGUUGUUCUAUGUUUUCAAUUAGAUGGGUUAGAAGUGGCCAGGAGCCCUCACUCAUCAGUUCUCUUUCCAUUUUCUUUGUAUUGCAUUUAUCAAGAGUUGAUGUAGUCGCCUUCUGUUCCUGUUGAACUCAUUAUUAAAGCUUUCAGCAUUAUCCAGCAAA